GCCGCCGACGCGCAGGUAUAUGAAAGACACGGCGCGACCAUGAGCGGAGUAUUGAAAAGGAAGUAUGAAGAGCUGGGGGAUGACAGCACCUACUGCUCCUCCUCCUCCUGCUCCCCUCUCUCCUCCUCCUCCGCUUCCUCCGGCUGGGAAUCGGAUGAGGAGAGCUCCCGUGGAGAGACCAAGCCCAGCUCGGCCUUAACGUCCAACUUCACCCCCACGUCCAUCCUGAAGAAAUCCAAGCGACUAAAGAAGAACAAUGUGGAGUUUGACCGGGUCACUGUGUUUUACUUCCCGCGCUGCCAGGGCUUCACGAGCGUGCCUAGCCGUGGCGGCUGCACCCUGGGCAUGGUGAGCAAGCACAGCUCCUCCAGGCAGUUUACACUCGCAGAGUUCUCCAAGGAGCAGGAGAACGUCCGCCGGGAGAAGCUCGAGGAGAAAUUAAAAGAAGAGAAGUUGGAAGCAUUGAAAUGGAAACUGACCAUGAAUGGCACGAAGGAGUCAGAGGAGGCCAACCAGCUCACCAUCGAAGACAUCUCUGACGACGAUAUCGACGUGAGCAACGUGGACCUGGAGGACGGCUUCUUCCUGCAGCCCUACCCAGCCAAGAAGAGGCGGGCGCUGCUCAAGGCCGUGGGCGUGAAGAAGAUCGACAAGGAGGAGAAGCGGGAGCUGCACAACAUCCGCCUGUCGCGGGAGGACUGCGGCUGCGACUGCCAGGAGUUCUGCGACCCGGAGACCUGCAGCUGCAGCUUAGCGGGCAUCAAGUGCCAGAUGGACCACACGUCGUUCCCCUGUGGCUGCACCAAGGACGGCUGCGGCAACACCGAAGGGCGGAUCGAGUUCAACCAGGCCCGCGUGCAGACCCACUUCAUCCACACCAUCAUGAAACUGGAGCUGGAGAAGAAGCAGCAGAGCAGCGAGAAAGUGAGCGAAGGCUCCGAGUCCUCCUUCCGGGAGCGGCUCCAUCAGUUCGGCUGCUCAGUAGGGAAGACUGUCUUUGAGGAGCGAGCGGUGCCCCUCACGCCGGCCUUCCAGUUCAACAUGGACCUGGAGACCAUCGGCGAGAACAGCUGCAGCAGCGACAUGACGGACUCCUCCAUCUCGUCCAGCCCCAGCGAGGACCUGGAGGAGCCCUACGAGAACGGCCCCUCCGACAAGUCCCAGUCGGACGUCGACGACGAUGGCCUAGCGCGGAUCCUCCACUUCAACGACUCGGACGGCGAGGACAACAGCGACACCUGCCAGGACAACUUGAGUUGCUUCCAUCCCGCGGAUUUCUUCAGCACCGGCAUCGAAGAGCAGUGUGUGGAAAAGGCCAAUGCCGUGGGCACAGGCUCUGGGCACUUGUCCCACCUCUCCGAGUGCCUGGAUGAGAACGCCAACCAGGACGCAAGCUGCUUCGUGGAGGAGGCGGCCCACGCGCGCUGUGAUGGGCUUUCAUGCUGCGCGGCAUCCCCGGCGGAGCCGUGCUCCAAGAGCUACACAGAUCUCAGCCUUUCCUCUGACUCCUUGGAUUUCUUUCAGUCCUUCUCGGACUAUAACUUGGGACCUCUUUAUAACUCCUUAAAGGAAUACGAAAACCUCGAUAACUUCUCUGCGUUGCAGUUUCAAUUGCCCAAUUUCCCGGGCUUCCCUCAAGGUGCAGAUCAGGGCUCCUGUUUCUUGGAGUCGCUCAUCGGCUUGUCUGAAUCUGUCCCCGAAACCCCAGCCCCGUUCACAGACAAUCAGCUUUUGGAAGAUGCCAUUAAGUCAUCGCUAAUGGAAACGGUGAAAGUUUAAAAAGGGAGGAGAGCAGGAAUGCUUUGGAGCCCCAAAAACAAGACUGGAGAGACUUAAGUAGAGCGGGCAAACUUUCACUGAGAGGAAAAUGUGCGACAAGAGAAGAACUUUCUAAGCAAACAAACUAUUUUUGGUCUUUAUAGAAAGUGGACGUUUUGACAUACUGCAGCUACAAUCAGUUCUCUUGCUGUUUGUGCAAAGUUUAUAAACUUUCACGGUGGGUGGGGAGGGUGGGUUGGUAUGGGGAGAAGACUUUCAAGUAUGAAUUUCCUUGUGUUUUGUAUGAAGAGACCUGUUGAGAAAUGCUCCUUGUUAACAUUGCCAGUCGUACAUGCAGCCCCUUCGAGAAACUUUUCAGUGUUGCAGAAACUUUUUAAGACACCUUUUGAAGCCUGUAUUUAUUGUCAAAAAAUUGUGAUUUGCAUAAGAGUUAGCCCAACGUGCUCUUAUGUUUAAAUCUGACAAGGUUUACAGAAGAGAUCCGUACACUAUAUGCAUUAUCAUUCUUCACCUAUUUAUUGCAAAUUCCAGAAUUCUAACUAGCCACUGAAGCUUGAACUAGCACACAACCUUAUUUAAAUUGGUAGUACCUCAGAUGUAUUAUGUGUACAAUCAUAUUUUCUUUUGCAUAAUAUAUCUGUAUUUAUUUAUUUUUUACCUGUAGUACAUGAAUAGCACUGUGGUUUAUCGAUGACCUGGAAGGGCAAUAAGGUCUUUAGCAGCACACAUCCUAAGGACAACACUGUUUUCUGAGUCUGAAAGGUGUCAACUUUAUCUGACACUGAACUGGUCUUCAUAUAACAUUUCUUAAAGAGCCUGACAGGAGGGAGAUGAGGAAAUGUGUGUAACAGCAUCCUUUGGUAGCUAAUGGUCCUUUAGUAGACAUGGUAACAUGGAGGUGUGCGAUAUCCAUAAUUCUGCUAUAGAAAGCAAAUAAGCAAAACCCUAAACCAUUCAAAGAAUAAUAUGAACUCACUGUAUUUAAACAAAAAAAAAAAAAAAAGAAGAAAGGAAACCUUUCUCAUAAAUUAUUUCAUAAGUUAUUUAAUUUCCUAAGGAUUUGGCCAUGAGAUCGCUAUCGAUCAGUUGUGGUGCCUGAACUUGCAGAGGGACCGUGAGCAGGAAGGAUCUUCCCAGCCCAUGGGACUCCAGGAGGGUGAAGCUGGUGGCAGUGACACUGCGCUCGCACUCCGGAUCCGAGUGCUCUGUAGCACUCGGAAACACCCUGGAUAAAACUGCCCGCAACCUUGGGGCCCAGAUCGUUUAGAUCUGAUUUGUAGGCAAAUUUUAAUAGGAAAGACAGGAGUGGAGGUUUUGAGGGUUAUUUAUUGUUCCUGUAUGAUUCUUCUGGAGGGAAGAGAGAGUAACA